AACUCGAGAAGCACGAAGUGAACAAGUGCCGCGCGCUCAGUCUCGAAGAAACCUCAAAGUUUUUCUUUUUGGCAGGCCAAGAGAGUGAAUUUUUGUGCAGUUCGAAGCCCAGAGAGAGAGAGAGUGAGGCGUGAGGCGUCAACAUGCUAUCAUUCGCCCUCCUGUCAACCGUCCUGCUGGUCAUUCUGCAUCUCAGCCAGCCGCUGCCCAAUGGAGCGCCUGAGAGUGUCUGCUUCACCCUGAUGCCCUUCCACGGGGGCGGAAUUCCACCCCAGAACGAUGUGUCUCCCUUUGACAUCCAGACGACAGCAUCGACGGUGGGCCAGGGACAGACGCUUCUGGUGGAGAUCGAGGGUCUCACGUCGGAGCUGAAGUUCGGCGGCUUCAUGUUGCAGGCGAGAAGCGUCACGCCGCCCUAUGCCGUUGUGGGAAGAUUCAACCCCACCAGCGAUGGUCUGGUGAAGCUCAUCAAUUGCAAUGGUCAGGACAAUACAAUCACGCACGUGUCACCCAGUGGGAAGUCCCGAAUUUCAGUCGAAUGGGAAGCUCCCCAGGAUUAUCUUGGACCGGUAGUGUUCAAUGCGACUGUUGCUCAGGAUUACGCUCACUUCUGGGUGGGCAUUGAAUCUGAGCCUGUGCAAGUGGUUCCUCGCGGAGCAGCGCCUCCGACUGGAGGAAUCUCCACCACCCGCCGUCCAUUCUCAUCCACCCGGCCAGUGUACGAGCCCGCGCCUGUGCAGUCCAAGAUCCUCAGCACUGACACGAUCUACGACGGCUGUGGGACGACCAAGAGUUGCUUCGGCUUCCCGGACAAUUGCCUCAGUGCCAGACAAUGUCAGGUCAUCACGACAGUCACGGCGAGAGGAGAGAGAUUCUACUUUGAGCUCAAAUCCGGACACAUGAAUCCCGCCUACGUCGCAGUUGGUUUGUCCACGGACAAUCGCAUGAUGGACGAUUCGAUUAUCGAGUGCAUCCCUCAGGGAGGAGUGGUGAAUGUUUAUGCCUCCUGGACCACGGCGAGGCCCUACAGUGCCAUCAGACAGCCCGGAAAUCACCUGCGCCUCCUGAACUCCUCCUUCAGCGACGGCGUGAUUUACUGCAACGUCGAGCGCGAUGCCAAGAGCACGGUGAUGGGAAAGCAGUUCGAUCUGCUCAACAACGAGUACUACCUCCUGCUCUGCUCGGGAUCUAACAUCCGUGACAACUCAAUCGCCUUCCACGACAUCAUGUUCAGACCGACCAGCAGAUCGGCGCGUCUCACGGAUCCCACGAACUUUGAGGCGGCGUCUGUGCUUCUCUAUCGUCUUCACGGAGCUUUCAUGUUGGUCGCAUGGAUUGGCACAGCCUCUGCCGGCAUUCUGAUCGCCAGAUAUUUCAAGCAGACCUGGGUGGGCAGCCAAAUGUGUGGCAAGGAUCAAUGGUUUGCGUGGCAUCGCGUUCUGAUGGUGAGCACGUGGACACUGACAAUGGCGGGCUUCAUUAUCAUCUUCGUGCAAGUGCAGGGCUGGUCGCAGGCUCAGAAUCCGCACGCCAUCCUCGGUCUCGUCACCACCAUCAUAUGCUUCCUCCAGCCGAUCGGGGCAUUCUUCCGGCCGCAUCCGGGCAGCUCCAAUCGACCCUACUUCAACUGGGGCCACUGGUUCGGCGGCAACGCUGCCCACAUUCUGGCCAUCGUUGCCAUCUUCUUUGCCGUAAAACUACCACGAGCGGAACUUCCUGAGUGGAUGGAUUGGAUUUUGGUGGCAUUUGUUGCAUUCCACGUGUUCAUGCAUUUCGUAUUCUCGAUCUUUUUGUGGGCACAGAUUGCCGGCUGUGCCAGUGACAGGAGCAGCGGCCAGAGGAUUACUGCCUUCCCCAUGACCGACAUGACGCCAUCCAGAAGCUCAAUGGGAUCGGAGAGAAAGCAAGAUGCUCCGUACUCACGGCUCAGGAAGAUCUUGCUGGGAUUCUACCUCACGAUCAUCACACUCUUCACCAUCGCUCUGGUGGUUAUCUCCGUGCUGGCGCCCAUUGAGACGGCCGUGAGUGAGAUCACAACCAAAAUCAGCAACUAGAGUGUGUCGCCCUGUGUGAAUUUCGCCCCCUUCCAGCAGUAUUCCAUCUUGAAGAUCAUCACAAAGCGCGCGAUGCAUUUAACCUAAGAGAGUGUGUGACACUCAUUGAGGCCAUAACGCACAAUUUUCUUUCAAAUGCAUCCUCGAAAUCUAUGUCCUUUCGCAACGAUUUUACUUUUGAGAUCACAAAUUUCCACUAAAUGAUCACAAAUUGUGUGUUUUUCCAUUCUUUUUGUAUAUCUUAUUUUUUCAUGUCAAAAUGUCUAUUAGUAUUAUUCUUGAUAAAUUUAGGUGAAGAUUAAAAAAAAUGAGAGGUUUUAAUUUUAAUGAGACUACAAAAAGAAAAACAUGCAGGAAUUGCAAUUCACGAUUGCCUUGCGCCAGAUAAUACGAGUCUGUACAUAAUUCAUACUUUUAGUAACUUGUUAAGUUGUUUUUUUUUUGUAAUGUAAAAAGAUUGUGUAAUUUUUAUUAAUUUUAUAUACAAUAAACCAUAUAACAUAUA